AUGAAUUUUACCGAAGUCCCUCAACGAAAGCCAACUGCUGAUAGGAUGGACAUGUUCGAGAUCGAGACAAAUACCCGCAAGUUGAUUAUAGAGCUUAUCCAGCCUCUGCUGGAUAAGCUCCAAGUCGAACGUGAGAAUAUUAUUAAGACUAAAAAGAUUAUCAAUGGACACAAAUCAAGAAUAGAAGCUAUCGAGGCAACAGUCUUUGAAGAAAAGGCCGACGACCAAUUCUCUGAAAUCAGGCAGAAGAUUCUGGACAUGAAAAUUGAAGAACAGAAGAAUCUAGCUGAAAUAGAAGAAAAGAUUGAGAAUAGGAAGAAAGAAUAUGAAGAAAUUGGGUUUAAUUUUACCAACAUGCAAACUGAGUUUGAUGGAAUAAAGUCUACAUGAAGCUUACUUAAAGAGAACAUGAAGGGGCUGGAAACAAGAAUUAUGGAAGAAAUAGAACAAACUAACGCAGAAGUCGAGGGUUGUAAUAAGAGGACAAAUGACUCAUUUAAGGAGCUUAAUGAUAGACAGGCUAAACUUGAUGAAGAAUUGGCUCAGAGAUUUAAGCAACUUGAUGUCCAGAAGGUUAUGAUCAGUAAGGUAUCUGCACUCCAGGCUGUCACGGCAUUGAAAUGUAAUCACAUUAAAGACCUUUGAAUUAAACUCGAAGCAGAUAAAGUUAACUUUAAAACAUUCUUAGCUCAUGUUGGAGUCUAUGAAGAGGUGACAAGAAGGAUAAAAAUUAACCAUGAUAAGCUUUCUAACAAGCUAGUAGCUGCAGAAAACUUUACAGAUAAAUAUGUCCCUAUAAUGGCUCAAAACGUUGUAUGAGACACUCUGACUCAAAUUGUGAACUCUAAGGAGAGAAAGAGGUUAGAAGUUUACGAGCACAAAGUCUAUCUCCAACUACAUGAAACCCUUCUCAAAGAUGAAGGUUCUCCAGACUUAGAUGGGCACCGAGACAACAUUCUGAACCAGAUUAGUAAUAAGUUAGAGAUCUUGACCAAAAUUAUUAACGAAAGGAAGCUACUCAAGCCAAAACCAAAAGAUGGUGAAAAGAAGUCAGAAGGGGCAAAACCAGCUCCUAAAUCGAUCAAUAACAAAAGUGAAGUUAUUAAGAGAGUUGAAAUGGAUGAGCACGGAAAUCUUCAGAUGAAAGAAUUUAGUAAUGCCUUAAGUCCUGAAGAGCAAAAACAGCAGCAAAAACAAGAAGAAGCCCAAAGAGCUAUUCGUGAAAUGGAAGCUAAUAAGGGCAAGCUUAAUUAUCAUAAGAUCUCUGAAAGAGAACUAGAUGAGGUAGCCAGUAUUGAGUCGAGCAAUAUCGAUUACGUUGAAAUCUUCGGAGAGAGACUUGACCAAGUUGACCAUGAAAUUCAGUGCAUGUAUAUCAAGAUGAAUGAUAUCCAUGAAAUCAUUUCCAAGACUGACAAAAAUUUAAGAGAUGUUAAUAACAAAUCUGUAGCAGAGGUUCAGGAGUACUGAUUCACUCUGCAUCACGAGAUGGAAAACCUUCAAGAUAAAAUUAAAUAAACAAGUCAAUCCUGGAAUUUUUAUGAAUGAAGAUGCCAUACGAAAGCUGGUAAAAUGAAAAUGUAAGUGAGCAAAUUCCAAGAAAAGUGAGACUAAAAGGUCAAUGGUGAGGAAUCAGCUAAACUCUUCAAUGUUUUUACCAAAUAAAGAGCUAAAUGAUAAUUUGAAGCUUAAUCCUUCAAAUUCAAAUCCAGUCUCGGUUCAAAUAGAGACUCCUAAUCCGAGUGACAAGCCAAGGAUGAAUAUUGAAUUAAAUCUUGUGACGAAAAGAAAAGAAAGAAAACCUAUAAAGAUCGAUGAGUUCAAUAAUUCUAGCAUGAAGAAACUAGAAGGAGAAGGAAUUAUGGCUAAUAGCAGACUCAAAGGGAUUAAGAAUACAUCUCGUAGCACCUCUAGACAAGAAGAUGGCAGCUUCCCUAACAUUAGAAAAAAAUUAUUAAUUCAAGAAAUAAAAUUGGAUCAUAGAAUUCCGAAUACGAAGAAGCAUAAGAUCUCUCAUAAUAGCAUUGCUAGACAGAGGAUAAGCACUGAUCUGACAAAUAGUUCAGUUUAUAAUUCAAUGCAGUUUCAGAAGAAUAGCCCAAGUUGCCUAUCGAAACGGAAAGAAGACAUUUAUAACUAAAUUCAAUGAUAA